GCCCUUCCCUCCCCUUUCCAUUCGUUUCCUCUGUUAUGUUCAUCCCAGGAUCCCUACUUUUCAGAUUUUAUAGUUCCUAAAAAUAAGUAUACCUCUCUCUCUUUGGCCUUUGCCCAAUGCCCCAAUAGUACCCAUGCUGGAUUGGACACACUCCCUCCGCAAACUUAAUCUAUCUCUUCCCACAACUAGUACUAGAUAACUGAUUAACUCCACCAUUUCUGUUAUCUUCGUUUGAUGAACAGGCAUGUCGGCCUUAUCCAGAGGCCUCAUUUCUCGUCUCCACCAGCACCUCCUUUCCCUAUCAAGGCCAUCGUCAUCGUCACCGUCCGCGUCCGUAGCAGCCCCGACGCUCCUCCCCUUUCAUCUCUUAGCUAGGAGACUCUUCAGCUCCGAUGCCUUGAUGGACGGCUCCCAGAUCCUCCAACAACAACCCAGCCGCAUCAUCCAGGCCACUCCAGCUAUCAUGACAUCCAACUCCAAGCGCACCGGGCUCAUGGCCGUCAAGUUGGGCAUGACUGCUCUUUGGGACAAGUGGGGUGCUAGGCUUCCCAUCACCGUCCUCUGGGUUGAUGACAAUAUCGUCUCUCAGGUCAAGACUGUUGAGAAAGAAGGAAUCUUUUCCCUCCAGAUUGGUUGCGGCCACAAGAAGGCGAAACAUUUGACAAGGCCUGAAGUGGGUCAUUUCAGAGCUCAAGGUGUUCCCUUGAAGAGGAAAUUGAGGGAGUUCCCUGUCACCGAAGAUGCUCUUCUUCCUGUUGGUACAUCCCUUGGUGUUCGUCAUUUUGUUCCAGGGCAAUAUGUAGAUGUUACUGGAAUCUCUAGAGGGAAAGGUUUUCAGGGUGGAAUGAAAAGAUGGGGAUUUAAAGGAAUGCCAGCAUCGCAUGGUGCAUCCUUAUCGCAUCGGAGUAUUGGUUCUACUGGUCAGAGGGAUGCUCCUGGAAAGGUAUUUAAAGGAAAAAAGAUGCCUGGGCGCAUGGGUGGCAAGCAGAGAACAGUUAAAAAUGUGUGGGUAUACAGGAUAGACCCUGCAAGGAAUUUGAUGUGGGUGAAAGGCCAGGUCCCAGGUGCUGAAGGGAACUUUGUUUUCAUAAAGGAUGCUGUUUACAAGAAACCCGAUGUUUCGGAGCUUCCAUUCCCAACUUAUUUUGCCGCAGAAGAUGAGGAUGAAACUGAUUUAGAACCUCUUGUUGCUGAUCUUGGGGAGGUAGAUCCAUUUAUGGUAGCAGAUUGAUGAGGGGCUAAGUUUGAGUCCUUGUGUUUUGACAGAUUAACUUCCCGGCUCAGUUCACUUUUUUGGGUGUAUACAGAAUAGUAAGAUGAUGUUAGUUUGUCUCCAGGGUGCAAUAUCAUAAUAUUGAGUUGAAUUGGAUGUGUUAAUGUUGAAGUAAUUGACCAUUGAUUUUUCUGUGGGAAUUGAGUUCCAAAUAAAUGAAAUUUUGCCA